AUGGGGCGUUACAAGACCUGGCGGGUCCUGAGCGGGGUUGACAAGGUCUCGCUUGAGUCCUGGGCGGGUCUCAACGAGGUCCUAGUCGGGUCCCGGCAAGGUCCUUGGUUUGUUGGUGGAAGAAGUAUUGGGACCAAGGAAAGCAAAGAGUUUGUUAAGCAUAAAGGAACUCUCAAAACCAUUGAGUUAAAAUCUUUGCAGGGUAAGGAUGGUGACGUAAUUGACUGUGUAGAUAUCCAUCAACAACCUGCUUUCGACCAUCCAUUACUCAAAAAUCAUACCAUACAGAUGGAACCCAGUUUCAUUCGGAAGGUAACAAAUGGAGAAUUAUACAAUGCCGAGGUAUUUCAAGGUUGGCAUGAGGAUGAAGAAUGCCCUGAAGGAACAAUCCCAAUUAGACAUGCCCGAGAGGAUGAAUAUUAUGGCCACCGAACAAUACCCCCACUUGCACGUCGGAAAGAGCUUAAUAUUCGCGUUGAUGAUGAUGUUCAUAAAGGGCAUGAGUACGCUACAACUCAUUUGAAUUCUGGCAACUACUAUGGAGGACAUGCAGCAAUUAACAUAUGGAGCCCUUUGACAAUGGAUGGGGACUUUAGCCUUGCUCAAAUAUGGGUUGUGGCAGGUCAUGGCAAAGAACUAAACACCGUUGAAGCAGGAUGGAAGGUUGUUUCGAAUAACAAGAAACCCAAGCUUUUCAUAUACUGGACUCGGGAUGCAUACGUUAAAACUGGGUGCUACAAUCUUGCUUGUCCUGGUUUUGUGCAAGUAAAUCGUAAAUUUGUAGUUGGUACUCCCCUAAAGCAUGUUUCAAGCUACAAAGGGACGCAAUACGAUAUAGAGCUAACCAUACACAAGGAUAAAGGAAAUUGGUGGCUACAAGUGCAAGAUCAAGCUAUUGGAUAUUGGCCUCAGUCAAUCUUCACACAUUUAGCAAGCAAGGCUACGUCAAUCAGCUGGGGUGGAGAGAUUUAUUCCCGAGGAAAAGAGGGACAUCACACAUCAACUCAUAUGGGGAGUGGACAUUUUCCUAGUGAAGGUUAUGGAAAAGCAAGUUAUUUUCGUAAUAUUCAAUAUAUGAAUAGAAAUGGCAAAUUCAUUGAUGCUGGUAAGAAAUUGCAUCGAGAUACAACAAAAUCUUCGUGCUAUAGUACAAGUAUUGUGAGCAAUAAGAAUGGAGGCAAUGGAACCCAAAUCUAUUUUGGGGGUCCUGGGUAUUCGGUAAAAUGUCCUUAG